UGUAAAAGCAUUGUGCUGCAUGGGAUGUCCUAUUCGUAAGGGCGCCCUUUUCGAUUGGUGUUGUCUUGAAGUAUAGAUAGAGAUCAUGGAAAAGCAAACUUUGGAAGCUACGUAGCACUCCAACAAAAUUAGAACAACAAAUUCUCACCUCAAUCCGAAGCAGACAAAAGGAUCAUGACGUCGCAGCCCCGGACACGAAGAUAAGGUUAUUGCCAACAAGUCCCCCGACUCAAUCCCGAGUUAUGUUCGGUAGGUAUGCCUGACUCACCCAGACUCAGACACGGCAUCCCGGCUUCACCCGAGAAUGCUGAGCCAUCAACCCUCCAAGAUUCAUCCCCCUAUGUCAGCGUCAGCGCAAUACGAGAGCGUCCCUGCGCAAAUCCUUUCAGUCCGACUCUGUUCAAACAAGAUGCUAAAUUGGUCUCUGGAUACACGAUAUCGACGUUGAUCAAGUUGUAUUCAGGUUGUUGUAUAUGUAUAGUAGAAGCCGGUUACUCAACAAACCAAUCAGUGGCGAAGAACCUUCACAUACUAACAAACCGAACAGUAGUACAUGAGCGAUCGACUAGGCUACUGUACCAAACCAACGGGAUAUCCUGGGGUUUCACCGGAACGACAGAUAGGAUCGCCGAUCCUGGGCCGCCAGAUCCCAUCAAAUGCCGUUCGAAACCCGACCAAGAAAUUUCCAAACCCCCUCGGCCAUAUCCCAGCGCCGAGUUGAAUUCGCCUUCCGGUGGACGCCGAAUUCGUCGAAUCCCGCCGCGCCCUUUCACCCUCCCGAGAUAUCUCAUUUCAGGUCAUCUGGGGGGGAGGGGGCUGAUGCCUGUCUUUUCUCACCGGUCAUGAAAGAUGCCCCGUCCUGAGACUCUUUACGUACCUUCCUAGUGUGAAGGAAAGAGGGGGGUGGCCUGCGUGGUGGCUUUUACUGUGCAGGGAGCGAUAGUUAACUACUUCUAGGUUCUUUGUUUGUGCUUCCUUUCUCCUCCCUCCUUAGAGAUCAUAGUUUGACAGGGUACGGAGUAGUCAGACGGGCAAUGCAGGGAUGGAUCGUCUGUAAUGAGUA